AUGCCUGGGAUAAGCUGCGACUUCAAAACGGGUCACGUUAUUGGGAUGGAUUUGUAUGGCAAGAGGGAGAGUGCUGACGAGAAGACAUGGCGCCCAGACCUCGCCAGGUUGACAGAGUUUAGGCAGCUAAGGACGUUGAAUUUGGGAGCCAAUGACAUGGGCAGUGGCAUUCCAGAAGGUAAGCACCUCCCACUAAUCGUGACAAGCAACUGGUUCAUUUAGUUCACUUUUUACUCCAGAUUCCCCUUCAUCAAUGCGAGUAUUCGGUUUACUUAUUAUAUUUGCGUCUCAUGUGUCUUAUUAGAUCAUACGCAUAAGAAUUUUCUCUCUUCCUUUUCUUUCAUUUUUUUUUCAGUUAUAUACGACUUGAAGCUCCUAAAGGCUCUGGACCUGUCAUUCAAUAAGUUAGAGGGUCUCAUCCCAGCAUGUUGGUGCACCUUGAGAUUCCUAAAUAAAUUUGAUCUAUCUGAUAACACUUUGGGAGGUGACAUACCUUCCUGUUUCGGCAGUUUUCUUUCCCUGACACAUCUCUAUAUGUCUAACAACCUGUUCCAAGGGAACUACUCAUCCUGGUUGUGCAACAUGCACUCCUUGGCACACCUCUUUCUAUUUAAUGAUAGAUUCCCAACCAACAUUCCUUCAUACCUGGGCAACUUGAAUAAGCUAAAUUCCUUGAGUCUUAGUAGUGAUGGGUUUAAGGGGAGUAUCUCUCCUCCAUCUUCAGUAAUCUAAGAGAGCUGAACCCUCUUUUUAUCGACAGUGGUGGGUUGGAAGGAACUUUACAGUUUUCGGUGUUCAGCAAACUUUCCAAACUUGAAGAUAUUAGUAUUAUCUCUAAAGGUGGUUUAGAAAUCAACACGGAGUACCCCAUUUCUUGGGUGCCAUCAUUUUGGCUCCAAAAUUUGUAUAUAGAAGAUUGUGCAAUUAAUAGUGGUAGAGGUAAAAGACUUCCUACCUUUCUCUAGACCCAAGAUAAACUAUAAUAUUUGAGUUUUUCUAGCACCUCAAGCACAGGGACACCACCCAUUGGUCUAUUUUGUAACUCCACCUUAUUUACACUAAAUCUGAAGUAGAAUAAAUUUUCUGGCUCAUUACCUCUCCCUUGUCACAAUGUGUCUCAAAAUGUUGAAACCAUAGAUUUAUCCUUUAAUGAUAUGCAUGGGCCUUUACUUGAGAAUAUCAGAUUUUCUUUUUCCAAGUUGUGGAUUGAUAAGUCUUCAUUAUCAUGAGUUAAUAAUUAGUAAAUAAUAUAUUUUUAGCCUUAAAUCAUGAUAAAUAGACUUAUAUUUAUAUUAAAGUGUGAAAAGUGAUUUUUAGUUGAUUAACAUGAAUUUUUGAAUAAUUAUGUGAUUUUAUAAAAAUUUAUAUAAUUUUUAUAAUCUUACUUUUGAGAUAAAUAAAGAAAAAGAAAUAAAAAUAAAAAUAUAACAAAAUGAGGGGGACCGUCGGCCAGCCAAGCUUGCAAGCGUGUCGGAAGUGCAAUUAGGGAGGAGCUGUGAGCAGGGGCUCAAGUAGCUAGGACUGAUAGGGGCACAUGUACACCACUCUCCUUCCACAUCACCAGUGCCUAGUUAGCUAUGAGGCAAGGAGUGGUCGUCAUACAUGAACGAGAAAGGAACUUGAUUACAAAUGUAAUAUUACUAUAUAGUCACCCGAAACUUUGGCACACAAGUGAUGUGGGACUAAACCCAUGUCACACCUUCCCCAAAAAGGGUUUGAUGUUUUGAAUACCUAAAAUACCCCUUAUUUAUAAUAGAGAUAUACCAUGAUGAUGUCAUUUGAUAAAGACAUUAGAGUACUUAUGUCAAUCUAUCUCAUACAAGUGGGCAACCGACGUGGGUUUAAAUCUUUUUAGAACUAAAACUCAUAUUUUUUAUCUAAUUAUCGUGACUUUCUUGUAGAUCACUAAUGAAGAAUUAAACCAUUAGAAUCGAUACAUCAUUGGUGAAAAUCUCGUCAACGCUAUUCAGGGAGCAUUGUUACUAAAAUUAUUGAACGAUUCAUGAUAAAAAGAUCAUGAAUCUAUUGAGUAAAGUAUCUUCGAUUGAUCGCAAAUAAGUUGUCAUUGGGAAAAAGAUGAUUUACUAAGAGAUGAGUUACCACCUCCUGAGAGCGUACUAAAUGCGAUGAAGAGUCUCCUCUUAUUGUGCAAACCUAAGGAUGAAGAUCCUUGACACGUGCCCCACCUCCAUCCAGCUCCUCUCUAUCGGGUGACAACUAUUAGAGAGCCAUAAAGUUGUCAUUUUUCUACUCUACCGGGUGACAGCCACUAGAGAGGAUUUGAGGAGAUCUAGACUUUGCAAGGAGAUUUAGAGAUUGUCCACUUCUUCUUUGUCUAAAGAGAGCAUUCGAGGUCAUGGACACUACACAAUGAUCCUCCCGAAUGCUCAUAAUUCUAGUGUAUCAUCGACGCAUCGCUACUAUGACAUCAGAAUUCUAUUUUUUUACUUUCAACUUACUUUCCACUUCAUUUAAUGAUAAUUUUUGUGAUUUAAAUUUACUAAGAUAUACUUCAUUCAAUUACGAUUAUUUCAGCUUUUAUAAAUCUUAAUUUGAUCAAUUAAAUCAUCUAUAAUUGCUUAUGAAAGAAUUACUAGAUGGAACUCUAUUCUACUCGAUUUGUGUUCGCCAAGCAUUGAUGUCAUCAUGAUGUCUGCACCCUUAUUUCCUUUUUUCAUGAAUUUUAAAUAUAUUUUAUUUUUAUUUUCAAAUAUUAAAUUAAUAAAAAAUAGUAUUUUUUGAAGAAAAUUCUGAAUAUUACAUCCCUAUGAUCAAUCUAGAAAAUUAUCACUAUUUUUAGAAGUUUUAUUAAAUUAUAAUUGAUAUAUUUAUUCAUAAAUACUUCUAAAUAUCUGAAAUUUAUAUUUUUUAGUUUUAUAAAUUUUAAAUUUACAUGAUUUACUAUACAAUGACUAAUUCACGUCAUGAAUCUUUAGGAUUACAAGCAAUGACUUGGAUGAGCAUAUUCCUCUAUCCUUGGGCCAACCCUAUUUGAACUAGAUUUGAGUGACAACAAUUUGUCAAGAAAAUUACUGUAUACUUUGAUGCAUAAUCAAAGCAAGCUAUUGUAUUUAAAUAUGUCCUGAAAUCACCUCGAAGGAGAGAUGCUCCCUAUUGAUGCUGAUAUGCUAGGUAUAAGAUAUACAAGUAUUAAGAACAACUAUUUCACAGGUUUGCUUCUUUCAAGGUUCUCUAACUCUUCUGGUUUAUUAAUCAUUGACGCUGGAUGCAAUAGCUUUAGAGACAAUUUCUCUAAUAACCUAUGCUAUUUCCCCCAAAUGUCAGUACUUUCCUUCAAAGAGAAUCAUAUGCAAGGUUACUUACCCAAAGAGUUAUGCCAAAUGCAAUAUCUACAUUUGCUUGAUCUUUCUAGAAACAACUUAUCAAGAAACAUUGUACCUUGUCUUCACAACGUUUCGUUUUGGAGAUCAACAAGACCAAAUAAAGGCCUUAUAUGGAUGGAUAGUAGAGCACAAUAUGCACGUGUAUUCAUCAUAUCAAAGAAUUUGGUCAAUCCAUAUGAAGGGGAUCCUCUACAAGGGAUGACUAUUUUUGAUGUAUCAGUGAACAGGAUCAGCAGCAUCAUUCCUCAGGAAGUUGGAGAAUUGAAGGGACCUCGGUCAUUGAAUUUAUCAAAUAAUCACAUCCAAGAGUUUAUACCUAUGACAAUGGCAUAUAUGGAAACCAUUGAAAGUUUAGAUAUCUUGCAUAAAGGCUUAAGUGGUUCUGUUCCCCACGAAAUGGUUCAAAUCUCCUCCCUUACAACUUUUAAUGUUGCAUUCAACAACUUGUCUGGUAUGAUUCCUUAUGGUGGACAGUUUAUGAAGGUAAUCUCGGAUUAUGUGGAAAGCCUCUUGAAAAGGCUUGUUCUUCUAAGAAGGAGGGAGCGAAAAAGAUGACAGAUAAUGGAGAAAAUAAGGGCAACUCAAAAGAUCUUAAUGAUGCUUUAUUUUAUUCACUUGUUAUAGUGUCAUUUAUUUUGGGUUUUUGGGGGCUUCUGGCUAGCGUUUUUUUCAAUAUAAGUUGGAGGAGGAAGUAUUUUAAAAUCAUUGAUGAAUACUACAAUAUUUACCUAAGUGACUUUUAG